UUUGAUCUAAUGGCCUUCCGCAUGUUACAGAGCAUGAUUUUUACAAUUGAGGAAAUAAACAGCGAUAAGAGAAUCCUCCCGAACAUAACACUGGGCUAUAAGAUUCACGAUGACUGUGACUCCCCCGAGAUUGCAACAAUGGUUACUCUGGCUCUUCUGAACGGUCAGGAGAAAACAUACGCAGAUCAAGUGUGUGACGGGCCUCUCGAUAUCUCUGGGAUCGUUGGUGGUGCCGGAUCGUCGGUGUCCAUCGCUGUUGCAAGAACAACCGGACCUUUUAGAAUACCACUGGUCAGCUACUUUUCCACGUGUACGUGUCUCAGUGACAAGAGCGAAUAUCCAACUUUUCAUCGAACUAUCCCAAGUGACCAACAUCAGUCCAAAGCGCUGGGGCAUCUCGUUCAGAUGUUUGGGUGGGCAUGGAUUGGAACCAUUAACAGCGACGAUGACUAUGGAAACUCCGGAAUAAAGGCCUUUAUAGAAACUGCUGUGGAUUUCGGAGUUUGCAUUGCCUUCUCUGAAUCAUUUCACAGAACGGACCCCGCAGAGAAAAUCACCAGGAUUGUGCAAUUGAUGAAAGAGGCGACAGCAAAGGUCGUGGUAGCCUUUGCUGGACCUGGCGAAAUGCGCAUUUUAUUUGAGGAGGUUCUACGACAAAACCUGAGCUGUGUACAGUGGGUGGGCAGUGAGGCGUGGAUUACAGCGGAUAUCGGUGGUGAAGAGAGGGUACGGCGCCUCCUUGUCGGGGCAAUCGGAACUACGGUGCGUGCAGUGGAAGUUCCAGAGGUGCGGGACUUCCUACUCAAAGUCCAUCCUUCCAGUUUUCCUGGUAAUCCAUUAGUGAGGGAGUUCUGGGAAACCACCUUCAGGUGUACUCUAAGUUUAGAAAACGAGACAAGCACAGUAGGCUCUCCUGGUCGGCUUCCGCAGUGCAGUGGAAAUGAGAGUUUGCAUAAAAUCAGCAACACCUACACUGACUUGCCCAUGGACGGAAGCUCUUACAUUGUAUAUAAAGCGGUCUAUGCUUUCGCUCAUGCGCUUCACGAUAUGUUUUCAUGUGAAAGAGGCAAAGGACCAUUCGUGAACAACACGCGUGCACGUCUUUCAACCUUUCAACCAUGGCAGCUGCUCCAUUACCUGUCGUCAAUCUUCUUCACAACAAAAGUCGGGGAGAAGAUGUAUUUUGACGAGAACGGCAAUCCGACAGCCGCGUAUGAUUUUAUAAACUGGCAAAUGAAUGCGAAGGGGAGCAUUAAAUUUCGACGAGUUGGAUAUUACAAUGGAUCAGCGCCUUCCGGUAUAAAGCUUGUGCUGAACCCAGAUCACAUUAUCUGGAGUGGUGGUAAACGUGAGAUUCCCCGGGCAGUAUGUUCUGAAAAAUGUCCUCCUGGAACAAGAAAAACUGCCAGGCAAGGACAACCAAUUUGUUGUUUUGAUUGCACCUCCUGUCCAGAUGGAGCAAUUAGUAACAUUACAGACUCCACAGACUGCAUCAAGUGUCCUCCGCUAUUCUGGUCCAACGAUCAGAAAGAUAAAUGCAUUCCAAAGAAAACUGAGUAUCUGGCUUUUACCGAUGUCCUGGGCAUGGUGUUGGUGGUUCUCGCUCUGGUUGGAGUGUGCAUGUCUGCACUGGCAGCAGUUCUCUUCUAUAAACAUCGAGAAACACCUUUGGUUAAAGCUAACAAUUCCGAGCUGAGCUUCCUCCUUUUAUUUGUGUUAAGCUGCUGUUUCUUGUGCUCGGUCUCAUUCAUUGGCGAACCAUCAGAAUGGUCUUGUAUGUUACGCCACACAGCAUUUGGUGUCUCCUUUGUCAUGUGUAUCUCUUGUGUUCUGGUCAAAACGAUUCUGGUGCUGACGGCAUUCAAGGCAACUCAUCCCAGCAGUAAUUGGAUGAAAUGGUUUGGUCAAAGACAGCAGAGGAUAAGUGUCUUCCUCUUGGCGUCCGUACAGAGUUUGAUAUGUGCAAUUUGGUUGCUUUUUGCGCCUCCUUUCCCUGUAUUCAACACCAAAUAUUACCGCGAGACGAUUAUUUUAGAAUGCGAUACAGGAUCGUCUGCAGGUUUCUACUCAGCGUCGGGUUAUAUCGCCGUGUUAUCGUGCGUUUGUUUUAUCUUGGCCUUUCUCGCACGGAAGCUGCCAGAUAAUUUUAACGAGGCAAAGUGUAUAACGUUCAGCAUGCUCAUCUUUUGUGCGGUUUGGGUCACUUUUAUUCCGGCCUCCGUGAGCUCUCCUGGGAAAUACACAGUAGCGGUUGAAGUGUUUGCCAUCCUGGCGUCUAGUUUUGGAUUGCUGCUUUGCAUUUUUGCACCGAAGUGUUUUAUUAUCGUAGUCACUCCGGAGAGAAACACAAAGAAGCAUAUCAUGGGUAAAGUGGGAUGA